AUGGUGGCACGAGAUGCGUACGGCGGCGGCGUGCUGUUGUUGGCCUUGAUCUGCAGCGUGAGCUCGGCGCUCUCUCAUGGUUAUUCUGUGGGUGGUGUUGCUACUGCACGGCCGCAUCAAGGCCUGUAUCAACUCCCGCCGUUGCUCGAGUUUGCCAACGGCACUCAUGUCACCGACGCAGCGGCCCUUGCAGCGCGACGCGCGGAAGCUCGUCAGCUGCUCGCCGACACCUUUUACGGCCACUUCCCCAAAGACGUGCCUGUCAUCGCGCACGUGGAAUGGCACCACAGCACUGUUGCGCGUCAAGUGAAUGACUCCUUUGUCAACAUUACCUAUCGCACGGCACAGAACAUCUCAAUCACUAUCCAGAUCGAGCUUCUCAUCCCCAGCCAGUGCACGGCCGCCCACCCCUGCCCGCUCUUUUUGACACAGGGCAAUCACCGCCGUUGGGCGCUUGCUGGUGUGGGCCGUGGGUAUGUGGGACUUGUAUACCCCGGAGCCGACAGCUUGGAUCAGACCGAUGGCUUUCGCCUGGCCUAUCCAGACGCCACUUGGGGGCUCAUUGCCCGCCGCGCUUGGCUCGGCAUGCGUGUCCUGGACUACGCCAUUGAGUUGCCCUUUAUCCAACCGGACCAGGUCUGCAUCACUGGCCAUUCCCGCAACGGCAAGCAAAGCAUGAUUUUUGCCGCCUGGGACGAACGCAUCAGCGCUGUCAUCUCCUCCAGCUCCGGAGCCCCAGCCAUGUCCCCAUACCGCAUGACCUCCAGUUUCACGCUCUCCGAGUCUCCCUAUGGCACCUGGCCCAAUGCUCCGCCCGAACUCAACUGCAGCUGUACCCGCAACCCGACGGAUCCUCGCCCCCUGGAUUCACGGUGCUGCUGGUGGCUGCCUUCGGUGGUUGACUACGAUGGCCGGGAGAACGAGAUGCCCAUUGACAGCCAUGCCUUGCUCCUGCUCAUCGCCCCACGCCCAUUCCUCAGCGAAUGCGCCCUGAACGAUCCCUGCGAUCCCACCUUUGCUGUCGAGAGCAGCUAUCAAGCGGCGCGGCCCGUAUAUGCACUCGACAAUGCCACGGACCGUCUGCGCAUUCACUACCGCGAUGGUCAGCACCACGGUUUUGAAGAAAUUCAGAACUACUUUGACUUUUUCGACGCGGCUUUCCAGCGCUCAUCGUUAAAUGCCAGUAUUGCCACUGCUUUUCCCGAGCUCCUCUUUCAUAACUUCUCUUGGGCGAGCUGGAGCGUUGGGCGAAAGCCCCUCGCCUUUCCUAGCCAUGGCUCCACUACAACCCAGAUUCGAUGGCUUUUGGGUGAAACUGAGGAGCACCCGCUGCCCUGGUCCCCAGGUGGUGGCUAUGGCCUGGAUAGUCUUGAGUACAUUGAGCAAAUGUUUGGCACUGGCGAUGAAUUGGUGCAGACGGAAGGCAACGUCACAAAGAUGGCCGUGAAUUUUGGCCCCUACCUCCAGGGCAACCUGUAUUACCCCAAAGGCGCCGAUCAAGACAAUACGCCACGCCCGGCCAUCAUUUGGUUGCACCCCUAUUCCUAUCAGCGUGGCUAUACCGAAGACUAUCCGCGAGACUCGGAGCGCGCGUACAGUCAGCUAGCACAGGCUGGCUACGUUGUGCUAACAUACCACCAGGCAGGAUUUGGUCAUCGCCUGCAAGAAAAGCGCAGCUUUUACCACCGCUUUCCCGAGUGGUCGUUGCUUGGCAAGCUGGUACAGGACGUAUCUUCUGCGUUUGACUUUCUCGCUGCGCCCUUCAAUGGGAGUCAUCCAGAUGGCCUGGACAUUCAUGACCAACUGGGCCAAUGGUAUCCACCCAUCCAGCCUGAGCACAUGUACGUGGUGGGGUAUGCCAUGGGUGGCAUUGUGGGCACCUACGCCUGCGCCUUGGACGCCCGGUGUGCGGGUAUGGCAGCCCUGGCAGCGCUCUCGCCACUGCGCAACGACACACUGGCCUCGACCACGGGGGGUCUUUGGACACUAUAUGAGCAGCACGCCUUGCAGCCCGAGCUUGGAUGGUACCGAGAGGAUGCUGAAGCUUUGCCCCUGGAUUAUGAUGCGGUGCUAGCAGCGCUGGGCCGUCGCCCGGCUUUGGUUGUGGAUCAGGUGGAGGAUCGCACGGUCAACCAUCCUGCACUGGCGGCUCUCAUGCACAACGUGACGCAAACGCAGCCCAACGUGCAGUUUCAAACAUUGUCAGGCCCGAGUCAACUCAAUGAUGCGCUCAUUCAAGCUGCCCUGGAUUUUGUGGGCUCAAAAACGCUUGCCGCUGCGCAGUAA